AUGCCCAACCCUCGCGCCGAGUUCUCGCCUAUCUUCGACCGGCCCAAGCUGACGCUGCCCGACGGGGCGAAGGUGGCCGUCUGGUUCAUCAUCAACAUCGAGGAGUGGGACAUCGACCAGCCCAUGGCGCGGACCGUGCUGCCCUCGCCUCAGGGCGCGGCAACCUCGCCGGACAUCCCCAACUACUCCUGGUUCGACUACGGCAUGCGGGUGGGCUUCUGGCGGAUGCAAAAGGCGCUGGCGGACUUCAACCUGCCCUGCACCAUCAGCCUGAACGCCGCAGUCUGCGAGGCAUAUCCCCAGCUGGUGCAGUCGUGUCUCGACCUGGACUGGGAGCUGCUGGGACACGGCUACAUCCAGCAGGUGCUGCACAAGGAACCCGACGAGCGGGUCACCAUCCGCAAGACCAUUGAGGUCAUUCGGGAGUUCAGCGGCAGCGCGCCCCGCGGCUGGAUGGGGCCGGGCCUGGCCGAGACCUACCACACGCCGGACAUCCUCGCCGAGGAGGGCAUCGAGUACGUCGCCGACUGGGUCAACGACGACCAGCCCUACGAGAUGCAGGUCAAGUCGGGCCGCCUCGUGGCGUUGCCCUAUACAGUGGAGCUGAACGACAUCCCCAUCUACCUGGUCCAGCACCACUCCGCGCCCGAGCUGUUCCGGCGGGCCAAGGACUCGCUGGAGAUCAUGCUCGCCGAGGGCGAGGACAAUUCCAGGGUCAUGGCCAUAUCCAUGCACCCGUAUAUCACCGGCGCGGCCCACCGCAUCGGCCAUUUCCGCCGCCUGCUGGAGUACAUCACGCAAAUCGAUGGGGUAUCAUUCUGGACCGGCAGCGGUAUCCUGGACUGGUACAACGACCAGCAGGCCGCCCGCUGA